AUGUCGGCCCCGGUGCCAGUGUCAAGAUGCGUCCAGCGCGGCGCACGAUCAAUUGCGCGCUGGACGCCCAGACGAGCCGUCCCCGCGAUCGGCUCUAUGACGAGGACUGCUCGCAUGACGACGACCCGGGCAGUGCCGAUGCAGCGGUUAGCGGGCAUGAGGCUAUUCACCACCAGCCGACGAUUAUACAACGCCGAAGAAGACGAGACUUUUGAUCCGGCGUCCAUUGAGCGCGAGUCCGAUGAAGUAGACGUCUGUAUCGUGGGUGGCGGACCAGCCGGGUUAAGUGCUGCCAUUCGGUUAAAGCAGCUUGCCAAUGAGGCGGGUAACGAGGACUUCCGAGUGCUUGUCCUUGAGAAGGCUGGCGAUAUGGGCGCGCAUAUUCUCUCUGGUGCCGUUAUCCAGCCCAGUUCCAUCAAUGAACUCAUUCCCGACUGGCUCGACGAAGAAAACCCCAACAGAUUCGAACAUGCGACCCCCGCGACAACGGAUAAGAUGCGCAUCUUAACCAAGACUGGAUCAUUUCCUGUCCUCGCACCCCCUCAGAUGCACAACCACGGCAACUACAUCGUCAGUCUGAACCAGUUUGUCAAGUGGCUGGCUGAGCGGGCCGAAGAGCUUGGUGUCGAAGUCUAUCCCGGCUUUGCGGCCGCCGAGGUUAUCUACCAUUCCGAUGGCUCCGUCAAGGGUGUAGCGACGAAUGAUUUGGGGAUUGCGCGUGAUGGCAAGCCCAAGGAUACGUUUGAGCGUGGCAUGGAGUUCCACGCCAGAGUCACCAUGUUCGGCGAGGGCUGCCACGGCAGCUUGAGCAAGCAGGUCAUCAACAAGUUUGACCUCCGCAAGGACAGCCAGCACCAGACAUAUGGCCUGGGUAUCAAAGAAGUCUGGGAAGUAGACCCCGAGAAGUUCGAAAAGGGAUUGACUCUUCACACAAUGGGCUACCCCUUACCCAAAGACGUCUACGGCGGUUCCUUCAUGUAUCACUUUGGCGAGAACAUGGUCACGCUCGGCUUAGUCGUCUCUCUCGACUACCAAAACCCAUGGCUGUCGCCAUACCAGGAAUUCCAGAAGCUCAAGCAGCACCCCACGUUCAAGAACGUCCUCGAAGGCGGCAAGUGCAUCUCCUACGGCGCUCGUGCCCUCGUUGAAGGCGGCUUCCAGUCCAUCCCCAAGGUAGCCUUCCCCGGUGGCGCUCUGAUCGGCGACUCAGCAGGCUUCAUCAACGUCCCCAAAGUAAAGGGAACCCACAACGCCAUGAAAUCCGGCAUGCUCGCCGCCGAAGCCGCCUGGAACGCGCUCAGCCAGAGCGACGAUGGCACAGUAUUCCUCUACGACUACGAAGACUCACUGCGGAAGUCACCUAUCUGGAAGGAACUCAAGGAGGUUCGAAACAUGCGACCUUCGUUCCAUUCGCCGCUCGGUGCCAUUGGCGGUGUUUUGUACUCUGCACUCGAGGCAUUCAUCUUCAAGGGCCGUGUCCCCUGGACGUUUAAGCACAAGACUCCUGACUAUGCUGCCACCAAGCCUGCCGACCAGUUCCCCAAGAUUGAAUAUCCCAAGCCGGAUGGCAAGAUCACCUUUGAUAUCCUGACUAGUGUAUCCCGAACCGGUACCAACCACGAGGAAGACCAGCCUGUCCACCUGCAAGUCAAGGAUUGGGAUGCGCACACCGAGAAAGCCUAUCCUCCUUUCAAAGGUCUCGAGAACCGUUUCUGUCCCGCAGGCGUGUACGAAUACGUCGAGGAUGAAUCGAAGCCUCACGGCGUGCGCUUCCAGAUCAAUGCCCAAAACUGCAUCCACUGCAAGACGUGCGAUAUCAAAGCGCCCCAACAAGACAUCAACUGGCAAGUUCCCCAGGGCGGCGAAGGACCAAAAUACUACUUGACGUGA